AUGAUUAAAGAAUUCCAGGGAAUAAAUUUUUCACACAGUGAGUUCAUCUUUGUGGGAUUUCCAGAGAUCUACGAGUACAGACAUCAACUUUUCUUACCAUUUUUCAUUAUCUACAUUUUGGUCUUGGUGGGAAAUUCUUUGUUGAUCCACGUGAUUAGAAUUAUGGAGAGCCUCCACAGCCCCAUGUAUAUAUUAAUAUGUGGCCUGGCGGCGGUGGACAUUGUGGUGGCAACAGUCGUUAUCCCCAACAUGCUGCUCAGCUUUCUGUUUGACUGGAACGACAUCUCCUUGGCCAGCUGUUUGACUCAGAUGUUCUUCACUCACUUCCUCUCAUCAGUAGAGUCGACCAUCCUCCUGGCCAUGGCCCUGGACCGCUAUGUGGCCAUCUGCUUCCCUCUACGCUACGCUCGCGUCAUCAACUCUGCCACGUUAGUCAGACUGUUGCUGUUCACUGUUAUAAGGAGUGGUUCCAUAAUGUCCCUACUUGUUGCGCUAGCUGGUUCUCUGUCUUUCUGUGGAUCCAAUGUGAUCCACCACUGCUACUGUGACCACAUGGCCCUGGUUAGCCUAGCAUGUGGUAACACUGACAAGAAUCAUGCUAUGGGAUUGGCUGUGAUUAUCUGUUUUGUGGGAAUGGAUAUUUGUGUCAUUGUAUUUUCCUACAUGAAGAUUCUGAAUGUAGUGUUGAGGGCAGCAGCAGGGGAGGAUAGAUGGAAAGCCUUCCAUACUUGUGGCACCCACCUUCUUGUAAUAAUGUGUUUCUAUCUGGUGGGUACUGUUACUUUUCUGUCACGCAAUCUGAAUAUUCAAAUUCCAACUGAUAUCAAUACUUUGCUAGGGGUGAUGUAUAUUGCUCUACCAGCAAGUGUCAAUCCAAUUAUCUAUGGAGUCCGGACAAAGGAAAUACGAAACCGCAUUUUGAAAAUGUUCAACACAAGAGUAAACAAAGUAUUGACUGUCCAGGUUGCUACUGUAGAAAUGUGAUUAUUUUCAAAGCUCUACUUGAGUUAGUGUUAGAGUUAGGGUUAGAUAUUUACGGUGCCUUCAGAAAUUAUUCACACCCUUGA